GAUACAAAAAAAAUCCUGUGUCGCGUGAGAAUAUUAGCAUUUUCAAGUGCGUGACUUCAUAAUGUGUUUUUAAAUUUUGGCGUCGGUCAUAACAUAAACAAUAUUCAUGUAAUGAAAAUAAUGAGUGAUAAUGAUUUCACUGACAUUUCAGUUUUAAUUGUGUCUGAUAUCAAGAAUUUUUAGUUAAGUGUUGAAGAGGAUUGUUCAGUUUUUAUGAUGAUAUUGUGCUGAUACCCUGUAUGAGGACACCAUUGGAAUGUCCUCCACUACGCAACCGACCCUCGAGCCUCAAAAUGAGACCAGUUUCUUGGCCAACCACAAUAUUUUUUUUGAUAUGGCUGUGCAAUGACGUUGUGUCAAAAAGAAACCACACGCUUAAGCCACGGGUCGUACUUCCGGAGAACUAUGUCAAAGAAGUGCGACCUCCUGCUCGAAAAGGCCAACCUGUGAUAGUAGAAUUCAGCAUAUACGUAGUGGACGUCAACUCUAUCAACGUUGAAGACAUGGAUUUUAGAGUGGACAUGUUCAUAAGACAGACUUGGAUCGAGAGCCGACUGCAACUGCCAGAAGAUAUUUUCGAAGAGGGUGACGAUCAUGUGACUCUACCGCCGGAGUUCUUUGACAACCUUUGGCAUCCCGACCCGUACUUCCUCAAUUCUAAAGUCACAGGAGGAGCUAUAUACUACCGUCAUCAGUCGGCUGAAAUAGCAGAGUUAACGCACAAGUUCUCGUCUGUUACUCUUUAUCGGAAUCAGACAGUGCGCUACGCUGCACGAAUGCAUGCCAUUAUCGCCUGCCAAAUGGAAUUUCAACUCUACCCCAUGGACAUACAGUCCUGUCCGAUUUACAUCGAAAGCUUUUCCUACAGUAACCAGAAGGUGAGAUUUCGUUGGAGCGAGGCCGGAGUCACCAUAAACCCGGAGUUAAAGCUGCUACAGUACCAUAUCGGGGAGCCUCUGAGGCUUGAGGAGACCAAUGGAUACAUGAUUGAUAAGGACGGUAACUACUCAAGACUAGUAGUAUACUUCAGAUUCGAGCGACAGAUCGGUCACCAUCUGAUCCAGACGUUUGCUCCAUCGUCCCUAGUGGUCAUGCUGUCAUGGUUCAGUUUCUGGCUGGACUUGGACGCCAUUCCUGGCCGAGUGACCUUGCUGGUUACGUGCAUGUUGACACUGGUUACCAUGUUUACUGGCCUUCGAGCUGAUAUACCGCCUGUGGCUUAUGUGAAGGCCUUGGACUUAUGGAUGGCUGGCUGCAUGAUGUUCGUGUUUGCAGCGCUGGGAGAGUUCGUCGUGGUUAAGGUGCUGGAUAAACAGUAUCAGAUGAACAAAAAUAAAGCGCAAGAAUCGUUGCCUAGAAUCAUACCCGUGCGUCUCAAUGGCGACAAGGGCUCAUGUGGCACGGUGGCAGCCUGGGAGGGCAGCGGCGUCAGGUGCCGCAAGGUGGACGUCAUGUCGCCUACGUCCCCGGCGGCGGCGACACCCGCGGUGCACCCCGCGCCCGCUGCGACCCCCCACCUCAUAGGGAUUGAGCGCCGUCAGAGCAUUCUUCAAGUAGCUUGGCUGGACGCGGACACGGGCCAGGAGCGUGUGUUGUGGAGGGAGAUCGACAAGCUCUCGCGGGUUGUGUUUCCAGCGCUGUUCCUCCUAUUUGUAACCAUGUACUGGCCGGUCCUCCUGCUGAAGACCAAGACGUCUUCAUAACACAUAUCUUGAGCAUCUCGUUAAGUCAUCAGCUUGAAGGCACUGCUAUUACAUAUAUGUAUACAUACCAAUGUCGUAAUUUUUUCCAUGUUAAUGACAUUCAAUGGAGGACUUUCGCUCCUUCACCAAAUCGUUAGUACACCUGAAAGAUACUGCUCGUCGUAAGUGAUGAUGUUCUCUCUAGUAACAGCUUCCGUGUACAAGGGACACACAACGACAGCCUUUGUCGACCAACUGACGGCACUAUUGCGUAUAAGGACAAAGAUAAUAAUCGCUGGCUAUGCGCCUUGUAACUCAGUAAUGGUCAGUUUGUUCAAUUAUUUAUCCCAUUGGCCUUCAGUGUCCUUGCCACGAGUUUGACACUAACAUAUUCGUUAGUGAGUGCGUUAACUAACUCACAAUGCAUCUCCUUCGUAUUGACAUUGGUGCAAGCGAGGUGCACUGCGUUUGAGUUGACACAGUCGCUAGCGUUUAAGGCCGCGUUAGUGUAAGGCCUGAGUGGACGCUCAAAGCGGAGCGUUCGGCGGGGCGUGCAGCGUGGCGUCGGGCUCACGAGUGAUGAGCAGCGUGCACUGAGGCCGCUCCUAUACGUUUGCAUUUGUUUAACAAGCACGCUGCACGCCCCGCCCCGCUGCACGCUCAACUCGAGCGUCCAAUUAGGCCUUACACUUAAACAGGGUACUCUGUAGUGGUUCGCAAACGAGAGACCUCACGACAGAUAUAUACAGUUUGAUUCUUCUAACUCCCUAACCUCCAGUUUCUUUUAUUAGAAUUUAAAUAGGUGCCUAUUAUACAUAUUUUUAUGAUCUAUGUUCCUGCUAAGUUUCAUGAAUACUAGAUAAAGAAUACUCAAUACAUCUAGAAACAUGGGAAAAGCACGGUGUAGUAGGUCGUUCUCGACUGUAAAAAAAGAGUAGGAGGCAGAAAACUCACAUUGGAAAUGAUUUUUUUGUCGGCAACUUGUAGUUAUAUAUGUACGAGUAAAUAAACCAAGUCGCUUUUAGACCAAGUGCGCGUGAUAUACAGCUGUAGCCUACAGCCUGUAGGCUAUUUGUUGUUUAGGUAUUUAGGUAAAGGAGAUUGCCGUGAUUUGAGAUUUUAUUUAACCCAUUUCUAUGUUUA